CGCCCGCCCUCCGGGUGGCCGGUCUUGGAACCGCGCUUCUGGAAGGUUCCUGAGUGGCUAGCAGUGGGGGCGGCUCCAAGAAGCCAGGGCGGGGCGGGCGGCGGUCGGAGCUUCGGGCUACGCCUCCCUGGGCCGCUCCGCCCCGCCCGUUGUCGGAAGCCGCGCUCCGCCCGGCAGGAGACGCUGUAGUCGGGGGUAGGCAGCGGCGCUGCGUGCGCUCUCGCCCGCUCGCCGGCCGGCUCUCCUCCCGCCGCAGGACCCGCGCGCCGCGCUCGGGGCCAUGCAGCGCCUGGCCAUGGACCUGCGGAUGUUGUCCCGGGAGCUCUCCCUCUACCUGGAACACCAAGUCCGCGUGGGGUUCUUCGGCUCGGGGGUGGGCUUAUCCCUGAUCCUGGGCUUCAGCGUCGCUUAUGCCUGCUACUACCUGAGCAGCAUUGCCAAGAAACCCCAGUUAGUGACGGGGGGUGAGAGUUUCAGCCGCUUCCUUCAAGACCACUGUCCCGUGGUUACAGAAACGUACUACCCGACGGUCUGGUGCUGGGAGAGUCGAGGACAGACCCUGCUUAGACCUUUCAUCACUUCGAAGCCCCCGGUGCAGUACAGGAAUGAACUUAUUAAAACUGCAGAUGGAGGACAGAUUUCACUGGACUGGUUUGAUAAUGAUAACAGUACGUGUUAUAUGGAUGCCAGCACCAGACCUACUAUCUUAUUGUUGCCUGGCCUCACUGGAACAAGCAAGGAGUCAUAUAUCCUUCAUAUGAUCCAUCUUAGUGAAGAAUUAGGAUACAGAUGUGUGGUUUUUAACAACAGAGGAGUGGCGGGGGAGAAUCUCUUGACGCCAAGGACUUACUGUUGUGCUAACACUGAAGACUUGGAGACAGUUAUUCACCAUGUACACAGCCUGUACCCUUCUGCUCCUUUCCUGGCAGCAGGGGUUUCAAUGGGAGGAAUGCUGCUUCUAAAUUACCUGGGCAAAAUUGGGUCCAAAACUCCUUUGAUGGCAGCUGCAACUUUUUCCGUUGGUUGGAACACCUUCGCUUGCUCAGAGUCAUUGGAAAAACCACUGAACUGGCUGCUUUUUAAUUACUAUUUGACAACCUGCCUUCAGUCUUCAGUUAACAAGCACCGACAUAUGUUUGUAAAACAAGUUGAUAUGGAUCAUGUCAUGAAGGCUAAAUCCAUCAGAGAGUUUGAUAAGCGAUUCACUUCAGUCAUGUUUGGAUACCAAACAAUUGAUGAUUAUUAUACUGAUGCCAGUCCGAGUCCUAGACUGAAGUCAGUAGGAAUUCCAGUAUUGUGUCUAAAUUCUGUGGAUGAUGUUUUCUCACCCAGUCAUGCUAUUCCAAUAGAAACUGCUAAGCAAAAUCCUAAUGUUGCUUUGGUCCUUACUUCUUAUGGAGGCCAUAUUGGUUUUCUGGAGGGAAUCUGGCCAAGACAGUCCACUUACAUGGAUCGUGUCUUCAAGCAAUUUGUGCAAGCCAUGGUUGAGCAUGGACAUGAACUCUCUUAACAUGUAGUUCUUCUGGUGCAUUUUGUCUGAACCAUGAUUGUGAAGGCAGCUCAGCUUAGUGCACAAAUCUUAACUAUUGUAUAUAAAGCAAAUAAGCCAGCAGAUGGGUGAAGAGGUCCAGAAUGAUAUGCAAAAACUACUUUUUAGAGAAACAAAACAACUUUGUAGCAACAAAUUAAAUAUAGUAUUAGAUUGUUACUUAUGUAGAUUUUAUUUUUACUAUGCCUUACCAAGUACAUCCUUAAACAAAGUAGUAUGUACAUGAAAUUGCACUUAACCAAAACUAUUGUUUUAAAAAAUUUGAAUUCCUCAGGGUUUUAAUUUAAACUAGUAAUUUUUUAGAUUAUUUGUUUUAGGUGAUUUAAUGGUACUUUAAUAACUACUAAGAAAUAUUGGCUAUUUGAAUGUAAGUUAUGAGGUGGUACAUUCCUAAGGGUAUUUAUAGUUGAUGAUAACAUGAAAACUGAAAUAAGAUAAAAUACAAUGCGCUCUUUUAUGUAUUCUAACUUUAAAAGACAAGUGCAACAAUGUUAGACUGACUUCUAUAUGUGCUCUUUUACUCUGAUAAUAUUAAAUUAGGACUAACUUAUGUUUUAUAAUGAUUAUAUUUACAUGCUUAUUUUUAAAAUAGUAUAUGUGGACACAUAUAUAUCAUUAUAUUAAAUUCUACCAUUUUAAA